GCUGUACCAACGUCAAAUCUAACAUUCUACCACUGACAUAUGACCGAUGACCUAAGGUCAGAAUCUGCUUUACAUGACAGCUGCGACUUCGGAAUAAAGUGCAACCUCCCCUCUUAGAAGUGAGCUCAUCCCGGGAGACAGAGUGGAGUGAAGCAAGGACUCGAACAGACACGUGUCUGGCUUGCUGGAUGAGCGACAUGGAUUUCUGCUGGAGAAUCGACAAUUGACUGCUGCACAUCGCUGCAGGUGUCCCGGUCUAUAGACUGACGACCUCCCAGUGGCGAUACUUACCUCGAGCCACGUGGUGGGUCCGACAUGCUAGCUCUAGGAUUAACCGGGAUAAGAACAGGACUGAAACCAAUGAAACAGAAAAUUUGGAUGGUGUUGCUGCUAAUGUGGGCCAGCACGUCUGUUUUGGCUACGUCGUUAGAGCGUUACAGGAACGAAGAAAUUGAAGUUUGGCACGAGAGAAUAUGGUCACCAGAAACUCAACCCCUUCCAGUUGUUGAUAAAGACGUGAUUAAUGGGAAUAAAAAUGAAGAUAGAUUACAAACUAUUACAGAUACAAUUACAGAAGCAGUUUCGUCUCCCACAAGUAAUCUGGAAGAAGACAAACCGCAAAGUUUUCUAAAGGUGGAAAGAGCUCUAGUGAACAUCACAAAAGAUUCGGGUGAAAGCGUCAAGAUGAGGUGUGAAGUCAAAGGUUACCCUCAACCUUAUAUUCGAUGGUAUAAAAAUGAAGCUCCUUUACAAGAAGAGAGGAACCGAAUUGACGUGAGAUAUUACAGUUCUGGCAAUGGAAGAGUGUGGUCCAGACUAAAAAUCAACCAUCUGGACAUACACGAUACCGGUUACUAUAAAUGCGAAGCUAAUAAUGGCCGUCAUUUAGUGGACACUACUGGAAUUUUGAUGGUCAAAGCAGGUCGUAUACUUCCACCUGUGACAAUUCCCAAUUUUUCGCCCGGUUUCCCUCAUUUUCCAGCACUCGGAGGGAGAUUUCAUUCCUCAUCCAGGUUACCAGAUGACGAAGAGAAUCAUCGAGGAUUAUGUCAAAUUUAUAGAGGAAUUACAUGUUCUCAAUUAAUUAGAAACAGAACUGUUUAUGUUAAAUCCGUCCUCCAUCAGAGUCAUAUGGAAGAGAAACUAGCUGCUGCUAUUACUGUCAUUGCAACUUCACACGAAAUAUCAACUGAUUGUCAUAAAUAUGUUAUACCACUUCUCUGUUACUUUGCAUUCCCUCUGUGUGAAGAGAAUUCACCUCAUCCGGUUGCUAGAAAGGUAUGCCGCCAUGAAUGCGAACUCCUCCAAAGUGGGUCAUGUGGUCUUAGAGGUGGUGACGUACAGAGACAUCCUCUUGUGAAUAAGCAUAAUGUAUUACCCGUUUGUGAAGAGCUUCCUCCACUUGGGUCAAAGGAAAGUGCUAACUGCAUACGUCUAGGUUUACCAAAUUCUAUCGAAGUAAAAAACGAGCAUACGUGUUACACGGGGAGCGGUAUCGACUAUAGAGGUACAGUCACUCAUACCACUACCGGUAUGAAUUGUCAACAGUGGAACAGUAAGUUAAUCGAAGUAAUGGAAUAUCCAGAACUGAUAGGUGGACACAGUUAUUGUAGAAAUCCUGGGGGAUUAGAAGUGCAACCAUGGUGUUUUACCGAUAACCCACAUCACCCGAAAGAAUUCUGCAGCAUUCCUAAAUGUGUGGAUUAUCUCUGGUUAUACAUCUUGGUUCCAGUAACUACGUUUAUAACUCUAGCUGGACUCCUCGUUGGUUUAUGGUGUGUCAGGCAAAGGAAACAACCAUCAACUCCACCAGCUAAAUCGACUCCAACUAAACCACAGCCUUUAUCUCAUCAUUCAUCACAGCAACAACAACAAAUGGAGAUGAAUUCUCUUAUGAGAACGCAAUUUAGAGCUCCAGAAAUUCCCCUGACAUCGAUACGUUUUUUGCGUAUGGUGGGCGAAGGCACUUACGGAAAAGCAUAUCAAGGAGAAGUUUUAGGUACUACUUCAACUCCUGUAUUCAUUAAAUCAUUGAGAGAAAAAGCUUCGCCCAAACUUCAGCAAGAAUUUCAAAAGGAAGCCGAAUCCAUAACUGAUUUUCACCAUCCUAAUUUGGCUUGUUUAAUUGGAGUUUGUAGCAGAGAAGAACCACUUUGUCUUCUAUUUGAAUAUUGUUUUCGAGUAGAUUUGCGUGAAUAUCUCAUUCGUCAGUCUCCAAGAUCAGAAAUGAUUGGUGACGAAGGUAGGAAUAACGAUUCACUCGAUUUAUCUGAAAUGCUACACGUCUGCAAGCAAAUAGCUUCAGGGAUGGAUUAUUUGGCAUCGCAUCAUUAUGUCCAUCGUGAUUUAGCAGCAAGAAAUUGUCUAGUAGGCGAUAAUUUAUCAAUUAAAAUAUGCGACUUUGGUAUAUGGAGAGAUUUAUAUACAUCUGAUUAUUAUCCUGUUCUAUCCGAUCGACCAAUGCCCGUUCGCUGGAUGCCUGCAGAAUCUAUCGUCUAUAAUAAGUUUACAACAGAGUCUGAUGUAUGGUCAUAUGGUGUGGUUUUAUGGGAAAUAUUCAGCUACGGAGUUCAACCUUACUUCUGUUACAGCAAUCAAGAAGCAGUGGAUAUGAUCUGUUCUCAUCAAUUAUUAUCGUGUCCCGAAGACUGUCCACCACAAAUUUAUGGUCUCAUGGUAGAAUGUUGGCACGAAAUUCCUUCACACAGGCCAACGUUUAAAGAACUGCACGCCAGAUUAAAUUGUUGGCCAGCCGUGUACAUCAGGACUCCAAGUCUUUGUCAUUCCAUCAGCACGCACAAUGGUAGCAGUACAGGACCCAGUAACAACACUGGAUCUACUAACUUAAGUUGCACCACAGCAACUAUCUGCACAUCACCAUUUUCGGUCCGUAUGUCAUCAGUCAGUCCCUCGAUGUACGGACAUCAAACCUCUAUCAACGGACAAUGGAAAGGCGUUCAGAUCUAGAACGAUCCGUUGAGUUAUAAAUUUGGUGCUAUAUCGACACAUUUUUUAAAAAAGACACCGUUCCUGUUGUGAAAAACUACGUGUUACUCAAUCACGUAACUUUUAUAUACGAAAAUAUCGGGAUUAUUAUUAUUAUUAGGCAAUUCGGGUUUUAAAGAAAAAUUGAUACCUUCAACAAUUUUACCCAAGAUGAUGGAUUAUACGUAUAUAAAAAAGGACAUGUUUAACCUAAGAAAACGAGGGAAACACCAAAAAAAGAACUUACUUUCACUUAUAGAAUUUUUUGUAUUAUUAAUCAUAAUUAAUUAUAAUUAUUAUUAUAACGAUUGAAAUUGGAAAAAAAUGAUUAAAAAAAAUAUAUUCGAGAAUAAUUAUUCUAUUGUUGGUUGAGUGAUUGUCGGUUAUUGGCACCUGUCUUUCAAACAUUUGUCAUGUGCUCCAUUGAAGAAAACAAGUUUGGUAUAUCUUUUCACUUUUUAACAUCUGGAAAUUUGUCAUCGAUUGUGUCUUCAUCUGGAAUAUUGUUCUGUUGAUGUCAAUCGUUUGUUGUAAUUUGAAGAAAAACCACAGUAACUCUGUUCAUGUUGACAUACAUUGGUGUCAUUUGCCUGUGUUAUUAUAUCUGAGUAAAAAUUUCGAUUGUUUAA